CGGAGCGGGGCGGUAAAGCGGCAAGCGCGCGGAAUGGAGGAGCUGGAGUCCGAGGCGGAGGUCCCGGUCCCGGUCAUGGUGAGGGGAUGGGCGGACAUUCCGGGAGUGAGUCCUGGGCGACCCAUCGGGUUUGAGUGGGGCCCUACGCAAAUUUUGAUCUAUCCAACACAAUAUAAACGGACAGACAGGUCCCCUGGCACUUCCUCACAGAUGGCUCACAUUCAAGUUGUUCGGAGAGACAAGGAUAUUUACUCACCAAUUCUGAGCAAACUUUUCAAUGAGUCGCAUGGCAUCUUCAUGACUCUUCAGAAAGCCGAGCAGGAUUGCAAAAUCAGCAAAGCACAAUUAGUCCACAUUAGCAGAAACUACCGCUCAGUGAUGAGAGCUUAUCUGGAGGAACUACACAAGGUUGCAGUAACUGUUUUCACUGAAGAUCAAAAAUUGUCAACAGAGUAUGAGGAUCAGGUUUCAAUUCUGUCAGCAAUGGAGCUGAUUUGGAACUUGUGUGAGAUCUUGUACGUCGAUGCAGCUCAAGCUGGUACUCUUAUCACACUACUUCUGGACUGGAUCAGAGUGCAUGUGUGCCAAGUGGAUUCUAUGGCUGACAAGCUCCUGGCUACUGAAAACCCCACAGAGCACCUUUACUUCUGGAAUGUGGUUACUGGCUAUGUGCUCCAAGGACGAAUGGGAGAGGCUCGACAGAUGCUGGCAAGAAAGGCUUUGCUCGAACCUGCGGCCAGUUCCAUGUACAAAUGCAUGGCUGAUCUAAUGAGAAAAAUGCCCAUUUUCUCAUCCAGCAGCAAUCAGACCCUAACAGAGUUCGAGCUGAAGUGGCGUCAUUGGCAGGAGGACUGCCAGCGAUGCCUGAGAGAGGGAACCUUUGCAUCCAAUAAUGAUCUACUGCUGAUCUGCCAGAUUCUAGCAGGAAAUGAGGAUGCCUUGCUUGAAAAGAAGGACCUCUUAUCCACCUGGUAUCACUUCCUGGUUAGCAGGCUGCUGUACUCUCACCCAUCCAUAAAACCCACAGAACUUUAUCAAUACGCUGAGGUUUGCCUGGAUCAUUUCUUUCCUUAUGAGAGCCGACCUGAUUCUCUCGACCUCAUCCUGUUGGCGGCGUUUGAGUUCAACAUACACCAGGUGUUGAAGGACUGCUGUCUUGUCCUGAACAACUGGUGGUUUGUAGCUCAUCUGACAGACCUGCUGGACCACUGCAACCUCCUGCAGUCCCAUAAUCUUCAUUUUGGUUCAAAUCUUCGUGAAUUCCUCAUUCUGGAGUAUGCUUCAGGACUCUUCUGUCACAACAGUUUGUGGCAGCUGGCAGUGGAUUACUUUGACCACUGUCCGGAGUUUGGCCGAGUAUACCUGGAACUUCAUAUCGAGCGCAUUCCCCUCGACACAGAACGCAAGGCGCUGAAGGUGCUUCGAAUAUGUGAACAGCGGCAGAUGACUGAACAAGUAAGGAGCAUCUGUAAAAUCAUGGCCAUGAAAGCGAUGCGCAGCAACCGACUGGGAUCGGCACUGUCCUGGAGUGUUCGAGCUAAAGACUCCUCCUUCGCAACUCUCAUCUCUGACAGGUUACUGCAGGAUUAUUCAAAUAAUGGGAGCUUUUCCGACUUUGACUUGAUCAGCAACUUGGGUUCGUCAAUGCUGUUGAGUGACCGGCUCACCUUCCUGGGGAAGUACUGUGAGUUUCACAAGUUGUAUGGGGAGAUGCGGUUUGCGGAGGCUGCCAGGCUGCUGCUGCUGCUGAUGACUGCCCGCAUUGCCCCACGCAGCUUUUGGAUGACACUGCUCCUGGACGCACUUCCCCUCAUGGAACAGAAAGAGGUUAUUUUCUCCACCGAACAAACCUAUGAGCUCAUGCAUUGCCUAGAGGAUGUGACAGCAGAUGAGAUGGAGAGAGAGAAGGUGGCACAAGCAAUGUCGGGCGAGGAUGAUGUGGAGAUCACAAAACUGAACCUCCUUCGAUUAGCCUUCACUCGCAAUUUGGCUAAAGCCAUCAUCCAUGAAGGAACUCGUCAAGGAUCUUGAAAGUGGGUGGGCAGCCUGGUCUUGUAACUAAGGUUUAAUUUUCCUGUUUGUUUUGAAUCCAGUGUAAAAUUUGCACAUUAAAAUGCUUUCUAGUUCAAAGGUAGUGAUGGUUUC